AUGUUGGACCGUUGCAACACAUGGUUGUUGGAGACCUACCAACACCUAGCAGACCCUCUAGCUGUACCCGGGUCUGAAGAUAGAUUGCCCACAGGCCUUGCAGAAGUUGUGGAAAGCACACAUGAGAUUGUGGACGACAUCAGCCAUCCGGUUUACGCAUUGGGGUUCAACCUUGACACCAGUGCAGGUGGCAAACGUCUGCCAAUGCUACAUCAAACUGUAUCCAAGAUUCAUUGCCAUCAUGUCAAGAUCCACUCGCGAGUUGAUGAAGCUCUUUGCAACAUGCGCAUGUCGUGCAGAGGUUCCAUGGUCAAAGCGACCAACACACUUCAAGCAGUGAUCAUGGUGAAACAACUCGUGGACCAAGGGCUGACUACCCACAUGCAGUUCAUCCGCUCUUGGAACCAACAGGCACCCAAGCAGUUCCAGUUUGUGGGAAAGCGCCUCACUGCUUUGAAGCUUUUGUUCGAAGACACACCGAAGGACAUCUUGGAUGAAAUUUUGGGCCAUGUUGCCAAACAUGGUUGGGAUGGUUCAGUGUGGAGUGAUGACAACUUGUCAUCGAAGAAGCUUUACCCAAAAUUCCAGUUCCCACCCAAAAGCAAGGCAUGGUUACCAAGAACCAAGACCAGCACCGAGAGCAUGAUGGCAGCGGUUUUGUUCCUUCAGAACCGGCAUGACAGAAUGGCAGACAAAGGCAACCAGAAAAGAAAACCAGAUGUUCACUUUGUGGAGGAAGUAAGCAUGAAAGCAGCUUGUGCUGUGAACCUCAUGACAGAGUUUGUGGACACAUGCCCCGUGGACCGCAAAGAGGUUUUUGCACAAUGGAUUCAAGCAUGGUUGAAUGGCGACACCAAAGUGGACAUUGAGUUGGAGCAGCUUCUGUUUGACCGUGUGGACAAGUUGGAUGUCCGGGUGCAGAUUCCCACAUUCAAGAGGCUGAGCGACAAACAGGUCUUCCACCGACCCGUGGUCAACUUGGAAAAAGUGGAGAAUCAAUUGGUCAUCGAUCAAUACCAUUUGCAGAUGAAACAGAUCGAAUACGAUGUGAAUGUCUUCAAGACUUGGUCCAAGAAAACGAUGAACAUCGAGUAUGCUCGUGACCAGGCGACUUGGAAAUGGAGACGGGACAGGAGGCUGCAGGCACUUGAAGCUGCAGAUCUGGCACUGUCUUCUUGCAGCAAGCUGGUGGUCUUCGAAGGGAGGAAGACAGAGCGGGCCAUUCAAGAAACGAUGACAUUCAAAAAGAAUUGCGUUCAAUCCAAAUUGGGGCUGGACAACUCGUCUCAAAUCACACAGGUGAUCUACUACAAUUGCAGCGCCCCAUGCUUGAUCACAGCCGACAAUUUGGAGAAUGGUUUGGAGCUGAUGUCUUGGCGCUUGUCCGAUCAAAUGCAAUCGAUCGGUGUGAUGCUUUGCCCUGCUUUCUCGCACCAACGAGGCCGUGUCUUUUUGGAAGAGAAGACUAUUUUGGAAAGGCUAGUUCGCAAUCAUAAGCUUGAUGCCCGAGAUCAAAGGCCAAUGAGCUAUCAGGGACGAUUGAUCUUUGCCAGCCCGCUGGAGCUGAGCAAGAACUGCUGGUUCUCAUGUGAUCUCCGAAAGACACAGAGAACAACAGAAAUCGCACAGCUCAGCCCCAAGAAGAUGCGAGAGAUUGAGGAUGUCGACCCAGAUGCUGUGAUCUCCGAGAAAAGGUUGUUCAUGCCCGUGUCGGUGGUGCAGCAAUGGCGCAACCAUUCAUUGGUGGGAGCUGAGUUCCAAAAAGUUUUGGAUGAGUUCUUGAAAGACUAUGAGAUUGUCGAGCCCAAGACAGAGACUACCGAGCCAAAUGACAAGGACCCAAAGCGCCCAGCACCCACUCCUUUGCCUUCACCAAGCAAGAAACCUCGCAAUGCUUUGGAUGCCUCUUUGAUCUGUGAGGCAAACUCCAUCACCCAAGCCAUGCUGACUGAAUGCCGCAUUGGUUCCAGAGACCCACCAGUGUUUCUCCAAGUUCGCGCUUCCAAUCACAUCUACUUGGUGAACAAAGGAAGCAAAGAGUUUACAGCAAAUGAGCUGCACAUCGCAGGGUUUGGUCGGGGAAGCUUCCGCAUUGUGAAGAAUGAUGCUGAUUUGCCAGAUGGGGCCAUUGAGCUUUCCUUCAGUGGCCACACCGAUGUUAUCCACUUCAAUGGUUCCCUCACAACAGUGGGAGAAGUGCUGAAAGAGCUACGCAAUCGCAAUCCCGAUUGCAAAGUGUGCUAUUUCAAAUUGAAAUUUGCUGAAGAUGGGAAUCCACAUGCUUUUGAGCUGAUUCGAACACACCGUGUAGUGUUUGUUCCCCGCCCAGAGGAAAAGACCAGCGAGAUGAAAGAGAUGAAUGCUGCAGCCCGUGAACCAUUGCAAGUGUGGAAUGUGUCCCAAGCAGCCAACAUCUUCUGGGUGAUGAAAUUUUCAUCAGUGAAAGGCCUGAUCCCAGUGAAGCCGGCUGUCUAUUUGAAGGGCCAUUGCUCCGUGGGGCCCGGACAAGCCUUGGUGAUCAGCAAACCUUGA